UUUCAUGUUUGAUAUAUUUUUACGCAUACCUUCUUAAAACGUUCCUAAUAACUCAAUAUGUUCUAGAAAAAAAUACUAGCCCGUUGCAUGCAAGAGAACACGUGCCGACUUGCAAUUUAAGCUUGUCCGUACAAGUUGGUGCGGUUACAGCGCUGCGACUAUGGACUACGCUUCAUUCGUUAUUUCAUUCGUAAGUUUUGGUGUUAUUGGUGCACUAUUGUUUGUUGAGUAAAGAUGUCAGUGACAUUACGUAGUGAUAAAGAAAAUAUUUUUCUUAUCGGGCUACCUAGUCAUCAAAUCACUGGUGCAAAGUUACCAUCAAAUCGCCAGGUUCUCUCCGUUUUAUUUUAUAAUAUUCGGCAAGUCAAGCUAACUCUCAGUGAAAGUGCAAAUCUUGUGACUAGGGAGUGUUUAAUAUUUUGGGAAAAAGCGAGAAUUCCCACAAGGGCAUUGCCCAAUUGCGUGAAGAAACUUAUUGAUUUAUACCAUGCUUGGAGAGAGCUGCAAAAAAAUUGUAAAAAAACUCUAGCCACUUUCAAGGACCGAGAAAAGAAUUUUAAAAUAAGCCUUGAUAACUUAUUUGAUAUUGCACAUGCUGAUGCCUUGAAAAUAAUAAAAAUAGAGGAAGACAAACUAUUUUUGAAUAAACAAAGAGAACCAGGUCGACCAGGAUAUUUAGCUGGUGUAGACAAAAAAUUGACGGAGAAAGAAGAAAGAGUUAGACAGAGACGAUUAGACGAUGAGGAAAGAAAAUUAAGACAAAUGGAAUUAUUGGCUGUUGCAUCUACUUCUACUACACAAAACUUGGAACAUUCCGAAGAUUCGGACGGGGAACAGAUUUUGUAUUCUGAAAUCAGCUUGCCAGUGGUUCUCGGCUCUAAAACAAGUUCGAAAAGAGGUAGAAAGAAACUGAUAACACCUAAACUUGUCGCAGCUUUAGACCGUUGUCAGUUGAGCAUUAGAGACUCCGUUUACAUUCUUCAUGCGGUUGUAGAAGCGCUUGGUCUGAGCAGUGAUGAUUUCCCAAUUAAUAAAUCCUCGAUUCAGCGAAUUCGUACUCAGAUGAGAAAAUCUAGGGCAGAAGCAAUAAAAACUGAUUUUCAGAACAAUGUUCCUGAUGUAGUCACAGUCCAUUGGGAUGGAAAACUAUUACCAGGGCUGAAUGUGCGAGUUUCAAAAGAAGAACGCUUGCCAAUUAUAGUUUCAUUUGACGACAAAGAACAGCUUCUUGCAGUACCAAAACUGGAGAGUUCUUCUGGUAAACAUCAAUCAAAAGCCGUCUCAACCGCCCUUUGUGACUGGGAUCUUAAUAACAAGGUACAAAUAAUGUGCUGCGACACCACAUCUUCGAAUACUGGACGUUACAAUGGAGCUUGCGCUCUUUUAGAACACACUUUAGAAAGAGAAUUGUUAUUGUUCGCUUGUCGUCAUCAUGUUUAUGAGUUGGUCUUAAAAACUGUCUUCGAAACCAAGAUAAAGCACAUUACUAACAGCGCAGAUAUUCCGCUCUUUAAGAAGUUCAGAGACAAUUGGAAAAACAUCGAUUCAAAUAAAAUUGAACUAUGCCUUGAUUUCGUUAAAGAAUAUGUUGCUGAGACAAAUAUUACAUCUUUUAUAAUGUUUUAUAAAGCAGAACUGGAAAAAUCUUUCAUAAGAGACGAUUAUCGUGAAUUAGUUGAACUUUGCGUAGUGUUUCUGGGAGGAGAUACAAACAAGAAAAUAAAAAUCAGGCCCCCUGGAGCUAUGCAUCAGGCACGGUGGAUGGCAAGAGCGAUUUACUCUUUAAAAAUAUGUUUGCUGCAAUCUCAAGUCAGAAUGAUUGUAAAAGACAAAAGGGCCCUACAAGAUGUUUGCCUAUUUAUCGUCACAUUGUAUGUAAAGCCUUGGCUUGAAUGCACAGUGGCGAUUAAAGCACCUAACCAAGAUUUGUACUUCUUGAAGGCAUUAAAAGAGUACGAAAAAGUUGACACAACAGUUUCAAAAGCUGCUUUAAGCAAGUUCAGCCACCACCUAUGGUACUUGUGUGAAGAGACAGUCAUUUUAUCACUGUUUGAUAAUGAGGUUGAUAACCAAACCAAAAUGAAAUUGAUUGAAAACUUAGACAGGGACAAGAGGUCAGAUGUUGGCAAACGCUAUAUUCCAUCAAAGGAAGAAAUGUCCCAAACGUUGUUUGAUAAAACGCUGGAUGAUUUUGUAUCGGAGAAGAGCAAACAAUUUCUAACUCGACUGCAGAUUGACGACAGUUUUCUUCAGGAAGAUAUAUCUUCUUGGGAUGAUAAUGCUGCUUUUCUGAAAGCUAAAAGUAGGAUAAGUCGGUUGAAGGUUGUAAAUGACACUGCUGAGAGGGCUGUCAAAUUAAUGCAAGAUUUUCAAGGACUUAUCACGGCGGAAGAAGAACAAAAACAAUACCUGUUGCGCUGUGUCAACGAACAUAGACAUUUAUAUCCGGACUGUAAAAAAACCACACUAAAUAGAAGUUACCCUGCCUGAUUGUUAUUAUUUUAUGUGUUUAAAUAAAUAUAAAUAUUACAAUAAAUUCAUUUUCCAUUUUAUUCACUUCAUUAAUUUCAUUUUGAUUAAUUUUAUAGAAGAUUGGAAUAAUAGGACAAAAAACAUUUUUUGAUCAAAUUUGAAGCUCGGUCGGCACGGGUUGCAAUCAUGCUAGAAAGAUCAAAUUUCAUAUUUGAGUAAGGUUUUACAUUUAUAAAAGAUACAGGGGGUAUGCAUUACAAAAUUCGAAAAAAAAUUUUUUUUUGC